UCUUACUUCAUGAAUGAAGGAAAAACACGUACACACCUUCCAUUCACUCAUAAGGCAAGUGUUUUGUCACUCGGGAUCUUACCUCCAAUUUUAAACCAGUUAAUUUGCCCAGCAAAAAUAUUAGCCACAUUAUCACAACCUGAGGAGAGGAACUAACUAGCUAGCACACAUGGUUCAGACAAUGUUGCUAACUGCAAACAUUGUUCCCUCAAACCAUGUCACAAGUUUGAGCAAAGAAGCGCCAUUGCUUCAGAGAUUAAAGCCUCAUCAGCCAAUUUCUCAUUUGUUCUUUGCCCCUCUUCCCUCUUCUCGUUCCAGUUCAUCUUCUUCGAUCUCUAUUGUUGCCCUUUUCAAAUCCAAGACCAAAGCUCCUCCUGCCAAAAAGGCGGUACCAAAGCCAAAGCCAAAGGUUGAGGAUGGAAUUUUCGGAACAUCAGGAGGCAUUGGAUUCACCAAGCAAAAUGAACUGUUUGUGGGUCGUGUUGCCAUGCUUGGAUUUGCUGCUUCCAUUUUGGGAGAAGCAAUAACAGGGAAGGGAAUUUUGGCGCAGUUGAACUUGGAAACCGGUAUUCCAAUUUACGAGGCAGAGCCUCUUCUUCUGUUCUUCAUCCUUUUUAACCUGCUUGGAGCCAUUGGAGCUUUGGGUGACAGAGGUCGCUUUGUCGACGAUACCCCUGGAAUCGAAGGAGCUGUUGUUCCUCCUGGCAAAGGAUUCAGGGCCGCUUUAGGGCUUAGUGAAGGAGGUCCUCUAUUCGGAUUCACCAAAGCCAACGAGCUUUUUGUUGGAAGAUUAGCUCAAUUGGGAAUUGCUUUCUCCAUCAUUGGUGAAAUUAUUACUGGAAAAGGAGCUUUGGCACAGCUCAACAUUGAGACUGGCGUUCCCAUCACCGAAAUCGAACCCCUAAUUCUGUUCAAUGUCGCAUUUUUCUUUAUAGCCGCUAUAAACCCAGGAACAGGGAAAUUCGUCACCGAUGAUGAAGAUGAGUAAACGACAAUCCUGAAGUAUGUGUAGUUGCUAUGCAAGGAAGAUCGAUGUAAUUUCUGUAGCCUUUUAUGCAGGGGGAAAAAAAUAAAAACAAAAUUGCAUGUGGUUUCUUCAAGAUAUGUAUAGUUAGUACUUCCAAGCAUCUAACUAGUUUCCAUGAGUGUGUGUGUGUGUGUACAUGGAAUAUUCAGGAAUAUUCAAUUAGUCGACAAUGUGUUAAGGUUUAAUUUUGCUCUAGUUUGCAUUGGAUUUGGCCUUCAAGUGUUGAGUUUUGAUCUCCUAUUUGAACAUUUACUUUCCCACUCCCUUUAAGAACUUACAAUAUUUCGUUCUCUUUUUGAUUUUUAAGUAAGAGCAGGGAAGUAUUACGUUAAAGUC